AUGGGUAAAGCUGGAAGUUCUUGUGGACCUGGAGGGGUGAGGAAGAGCUGGGGAGGCCUGCUCAGCCAUGCUCUGCUUCUGUUUCAGCUCUCCUUGACAUCACCCAACUCGGACCCAGAUCCAGAUUGGACUCCAGACUACUAUGAGUACUACUAUGACUAUGAUGGCCCCAAAGAGGACACCAGCAAUCCUUCAACCUACACCGAGAAUCCAGACUGGUACUAUGAGGAGGAUGAUCCCUGCCUGUCCAAUCCCUGUGAACACGGUGGAACUUGCCUUGUCAGUGGGGAGACUUUCACAUGCAGCUGUCCUGCCCCUUUCUAUGGAAACAGGUGUCGCAAUGCACGGAACAACUGCAGUAACAACCCAUGUGGACGGGGGGAUUGCCUUAUUACUCAGAGUCCUCCUUACUAUCGCUGUGUCUGCAAAUACCCUUACAGUGGACCAGACUGCUCCAAGGUGGUUCCUGUAUGCAGGCCAAAUCCCUGCCAAAAUGGCGGCACCUGCCUCAAAAAUCGACGGAGAUCCAAGUUUUCCUGUACCUGUUCAAGUUCGUUCAAGGGAAAAUUCUGUGAAAUAGGUUCUGAUGACUGCUAUGUGGAUGACGGCUACUCAUACCGAGGAGAAGUAAGCAGGACAGUCAACAAGCACCCAUGCCUUCACUGGAACUCACACCUUCUCUUGCAGGAAAAUUACAACAUGUUUAUGGAAGAUGCUGAGGCUCAUGGGAUUGGGGACCACAACUUCUGCAGAAACCCUGAUGGAGAUGAGAAACCUUGGUGUUUCAUCAAAGUUAACAAUGUAAAGGUGAAGUGGGAGUACUGUGAUAUCCCAGCCUGCUCAACUGAAGACACUACGGAUCCUGUGAGAAAUCCUACAGGUUCUCUGACCUUACUCCCAGGCUUUAACUCAUGCGGGAGGACUGAGACAGCAGAGCGGAAACUGAAGAGGAUCUAUGGUGGCUUUAAGAGCACGGCGGGAAAGCACCCCUGGCAAGCCUCCCUGCAGACCUCGCUGCCCCUGGCAGAACCCAUGCCUGAGGGCCACUUCUGUGGAGGGGCAUUGAUCCACCCCUGCUGGGUGCUCACCGCUGCCCAUUGCACCACUGAUAUCAAAGUCAAACACCUAAGAGUGGUCUUGGGUGCACAAGACCUGAAGAAGACAGAGUGUCAUGAGCAGACGUUCGGGGUGGAGAAAAUCAUCCAGUACAGUGACUACAAUGAGGAAGAUGAGAUUCCCCACAAUGACAUUGCUUUGAUCAAGUUAAAACCUGUGGAUGGACACUGUGCCCUGGAAUCCAAAUAUGUGAAGACAGUUUGCUUGCCUGAGAGUCCCUUUCCUUCUGGGACAGAGUGUUACAUCUCUGGUUGGGGCAUCACAGAAACAGGACGUGGGUCCCGCCAGCUCCUAGAUGCCAAAGUGAAGCUGAUCACCAACACUGCAUGCAAUGCCCGCCGACUCUACAACCAGAUGAUUGAUGAUAACAUGAUCUGUGCAGGAAACUUGCAAAAGCCUGGCACAGAUACCUGCCAGGGGGACUCCGGAGGGCCUCUGACCUGCGUGAAGGAUGGCACUUACUAUGUCAGCGGGAUUGUGAGCUGGGGCAUGGAUUGUGGGAUGAAGCCAGGGGUCUACACCCAAGUGACCAAGUUCCUCAACUGGAUAAAAGCCACCAUCCAUUCAGAGGAGACCUUGUAAAGUGUCCUGUGAAGGCCAGAGAAAAUCAUUCUCAGAGAACAUUUGAUGAGGCCUGCUGAGG